GUCGUUGUAACCAGGUUCUACUGUAGCCCGAAGAAUGGCCUGAACUCAAACUCUAGGCACUAGCGAUGUGCCGCCCCUUGAUUUCUCCCGCGCCCGCGCCCUGCUGCCGAAGUACAACAGUUGCCGCUCAAUAAUCGGCUUCGCAAAAUUCUCCCACGAUGUCCCAACGGAUCCGAUUCCAUCGGAAAUCACGAAACGGGUGCCAGAAUUGUAAAUCUAGACAUGUCAAGUGUGACGAGUCAAGACCGAGAUGUAAAGAUUGCACGCGGCGCGAAGAGGUCUGCUCAUUUGAGAGGCCAGCCAUAAGGUCGACAUCGCCUCUGUCUGACUCACAAGCCAUCGAGCGGCUCACCCCUCCAAGCCAUGCACUCCAUCCAGUGCAGGAUGUUCCCGAGGAGCCGCGUUACUCCCCAAAGUGUCUGCUCGAUCUCCGUCUCAUGCAUCAUUACAGCAUCUUCGCCGCACAGGCUCUUGCCAAUACACUCGACGAAAAUGUGGUAAAUGCGUUAAAAGUACAAAUUCCCCAAUUGGCACUUGAACACGAAUUUCUUAUGGAUGCUGUUCUCCUGGUAGCCAUGGUUCAUUUCUGCUGCGUUGAUAAUUCCGCUGAGCAUUUUCCUCUUUUCAUAUACCGGGAUCAGGCGCUACGUGGUUUACGCCAAGCCGUGGCAAAUCUAUCAAACGAUAAUAUACACGCUCUGAGGGGUGCCUCAGUCCUCCUUGCAGCGGUCUCAUUCCCCGCCGAUCGAUGGACGAAUCAAUCUGGCUUAUGGGUAACGAAUUGGAUGGCUUUGGCCCUCGGCCAACGGAACUUCCGAGGUGUUCGAGACCUGUCAAGGCCUUCGCAUGAUGAUGAAAAGAUACCGCAGUUCGGCGGUCUAUAUGGGUGUUUUGCAGACCGUCUUGCACCGGCAGUGGUGCCCCACACUAUCCAGCGUGCUUUGGAGAUCAAUGAACGCGGGAACGAUGUUCAGUAUGAGUUAACGUUGAGGACUGUAGCCGCGGAACUUGGGAGACUCGUAUCAAUCCUCAAAACUCCGUAUGAGACACAAUUCUUGGAGAAGAAGAUUAAAGGAUGGGCCUUUGAUGUAAUAUCACCCGACUUUUUCACAUUCGUGCAACAAAACCGAUCAGAAGCGCUUGUCAUACUGGCCUACUACCUCGCACUAUUCAAAUUUCUCCCAGAUUCAUGGAUUUACCAUGGUCUUCCGCAACAUGAUAUCGGGGUCAUGGUUGAUGUCAUUGAUGCGAAGUGGAAAGAACAUUUAUCGUUGCCCGCAACCAUUAUUGAGAUGGCAAACAAGGAAGAUGCAGAAGCACUGCUUAUGACGUGUUUAUAGAAGUCAAGAAGAUACUUGGAAGGCCCAGGAGCCUCCUGCAAAAUUGACAAACCUCAAUUCCAAUUUUUUCCAUUUCGUCUGGAGAUUCAUCCAGAGUCAAGGGACAAUGUUACUUAGCC